UCCUGACCUGCUACAGUACAAUGCAUCCAUCCCCCAACCGCCCCUCUCUGAAUCAACUCGGUGUAUUCACAGAGGUAGUCUGUGUGAAGCCAUUGUCACCAUGGCAUGGAGUACCAACAGCACCAAACUGGACAACAUCACAUUGUCCCUGUUCCAGAACACGACAGCCAGCACUGCUAUCUCCAUCAUCUACAUCGUGGUCACCGUCAUCAACCUGACAGGAAAUGGCCUCUCCAUGUGGCUUCUCCUCUUCCGUACCUCUCCCAAAACCCCCUCCAUUAUCUUCAUGAUAAACCUGACCCUGACUGACCUGGUCUUGGGCCUCGUCCUGCCGUUCCAGAUCAAGUAUCAGAUGCAGGGGCAUAAUUGGAGCCUGGGCCCGGGCGUAUGCAGGCUCCUGACCCUGGUGUUCUUUGCCAACAUGUACUGCUCAAUUCUAACUAUGACCGCCAUCAGUGGAGACCGCUACCUGGGCAUCUGUUGGCCCAUGCUCUUCCGUGAGACCAGGGAAAGGAAGUCAUUCGCUGUUAUCGGCUGUUUGGCCAUGUGGAUAGUCGUCCUAUCUGUCCUGUACCCAUUAAUGACAACCGACCUGACUUUCCACGUUCCAGAACUCGGGAUCACCACCUGCUUUGACGUUCUGAAGAGGGACAUGCUUCCAUCGAUGGAGGCCUGGGCUGCUUUCCUCCUUACCCUGUUUGUCAUCCUUUUCCUCAUCCCGUUCUGCAUCACUGUAUUCUGCUACGUCGGCAUCAUCCGCAAGCUGGCCCGAGUUUCCAAGACCAACCAGAAAGAGAAAGCUAUCCGUCUUGCCGUCACCGUCCUAACGGUCUUCACACUUUGCUUUGCUCCCAACAACAUUCUCCUCCUGGCUCACACCAUCCGGAGGCUCUUCUACGGGGACUCCCUCUACAUGGCCUACAAGCUGACUCUUUCCCUCAGUUGCCUCAACAGCUGCCUCGACCCCUUCAUCUACUACUUUGCCUCUAGGGAGUUCCGUCAAAAGCUGAGGCAGAUGCUAAGGCUGAGAACACUGAGCAGUCUGGACACAGGGAAGACAGACCCGCACCGAGAGAGCCUGUACUCUGCCCAGUAUGUGUCUGGGGGACAGGGCGGAGAAAACGGCAGAGUUUCAGUUAAACAACACUGUUAAAAAACUUUGCCUGUAAAGUGAAGAGAGAGGGCAGAUGACAACCGAGAUGACAUGUCGCAAUGUCUCGUGUUGGGUCAAAUUACAUUUCACAAUAAUUUCACAGGAUGGAAUGUUUUUGUGUGCUGUAUAUAGAUUAACAAACCAGGACAGAUGGUGCUUCUGCAUUUCCAAAGUUAGGGCUCUAUUCAAUCAGAUCUGCUUUUGCCGACAUCGGCAUAGCUGUUGUUUUGAUGCUGUCAGAGGUGGAACUGAGUUAGAGCUGACAAAUCCACAAGUCGCUCCUGGCAGUAAACCUAAAGAGGACAUUGCAAGUGAUUUCGCAUUAACAUUGAAAGUGAUUUCGCAUUAACAGAAAUCAUUUGCAGCCUCGUUUACAAGUUUGAACACUGGAAUGUGAGAUGUAAUCGACACCUGGUUUAAGAUGAUAGAAUUUAGUUGAAUGAUUUUUCAAUUUGAAAGUAAUUAUUUAUAUAAAGCCUACAGUCGCUCUGAACUUCUAACGGAAGUAGGGCGGGUGUGGCUUUCCUGACAGUGAUUGCAAGAGCCGCUGCUCACUAAUUUGACAGCUCCAAUGCAGUUCCACCUCCGACACUGCCAAAACCUCAGCUUAAUAUGAUUGAAUCUUGGCCUUAGUAAGAAAAAAAAGGGUUAUUUAUUUUGUGAAGGAAUGUUGCAACUUGCAUAAAGAUAGGAAUAAGAGCUAGGCUCCUCUCACCACCAAUGUGCUCUCUGCCUCCUGCCAAUUCGGGCAAAUGCAUUAUUUCAUUAUGUGAAUUAUUAAGUAUACCCUUUGUUUGUUCAAUGUUUAUUGAUUCCCAGCAAAUUAUAUCACCAGUAAUGCAUUUACUGUUAAUCACCAUAAUUUCCCAGUAAUCUAGACCGUUAUGGUUUGGUCACAUCGCUAAUCUUUGUUCUUUCCUGAAAUAUAUAUGCAUAUGAAUUUACCGUUCUAAUUCUCAGUGGGGACACAUUGUUUUCAGAUCUCACAAACUAUGCUACACUUCUCAGAAUUCGAUGUAGAAGUUUCCAGUCAUUUUCCCCAAUGUCGUUAGUUUGGAGCGCUCAAAGUUUGCAUUUGUCUGGUUUCUUUGUCCUUUCUAAUGUUGAGAGCACACACAUCUGAGCAUGGAUAGAAAGAGGCCUAGGGCUAUAUGGCCUCUGUGUUGUGAUUGAGGUCAAAACUGUGAGUUGAAAGAAAAUUAUGAAGUGUUCAAUUUAGAAAAUGUUAUACUCAAGCCUUGAUGGAUAUAGAAAUUAUCUUUGGAAGUGCAUAUGUAUCUUUUUGAAGUCCUGUGAUUCAGAUUCGUUUUUGGUUUCUCAGCACGGCCGAAAGUACUUACCACCAGUCUAAACAGAGUGCCUGCUGUAAUUUGCAAACCGAUUUGGCAGUCAGACGCCCACUGGUGGGGUGGUCCCUAAAACACACCACGCAGUCAGCGAACGCCAGGCCAUAAUUCGGUGGAUGUGUUUUCACCUUUAAGGGAAGGCUGUGUAGUCUUGCCCUACCUGUGUAUGUUCAGAUAUGACAGGUUAAGCUUGAUUCCUAGGUUAUUUAUUUUGGCUGUUGCCAGUGUAUAAUAUAUAUUGAAAAUAUAAACAACAAUAUCUAGAAAACAACUGGCUGCAACUAAACCACAAAACAGAUCUUGAUCCAGAUGAUCUGAAAAAUUAUAGGCCCAUCUCAAACCUCCCGAGUGGCGCAGCGGUCUAAGGCACUGCAUCUCAGUGCUUGAGGCAUCACUACAGACACCCUGGUUCAAUUCUAGGCUGUAUGACAACCGGCCAU